CAUGAGCAACUUUUCAACUGGGCGACUCUUUGCAGGUUUCUUUGGAAGUGCCAGAUUUUCUGAAGUUUAAUCAGCUCCGUACCCUGUUCUUAAUCCGAUUUGUGGCUGCGCUGAGUAUAAAUAGUAGGGUGCGACAGGUUGGACGGAAUAGUAGCUACUGAGCCGUCACCCUCCAAGUGAGCAAAUCAUUUUAACAGGGCACACAGCCUGGGAGUCAAAGGACAAGCGAGCAGGGAAACGAAAGAGGCGUUUUCUUGAUUAUUCAGUGUUGACCGAGUGCACUAGACUAACGCUUGUCUCGUCCAAUUUAAUCUGAGUUCGUCCUGGGAUUAAUAAUUUAUCCCUCGGCCAAUCCGUCUCCAGUCCUCCGCUUUCGCGAAUUUUGAGGCCAUGCUGUUGGAUUCCGCGUGAAGGUUUACGAAGUGGGUUCAAAGCGGGCAGUCCUGGCCAACAUUCAGCGAGAGGCUAGGGACUGUAGCCGUCCCGGUGGCGGAGGACUUCCAGCCCCUGUUUAUCCCCGUCCUCCACCACCACCCCCCACCCCCAUAACCUCCUCCUCCUCCUCCCCUUGGCCGCUGCCUUUAAAAGGGUUAACCCGGUACCAGAUUGACAGGAGACUGUGGGAGACUUGUCAGAGAAUGGGAGGAUCCAGUCAAAUCCAGCAGCAUUUCAUUUCCUUUCCCUUUUCACUUCGAUCUUUGACCACUUCAUGAACUCUGUGUCUGAGUGCCCGCGUGUGUGUGUGUGUGUCUCCUUCUAUCAUACCGUCUCCGCUGGUUGGGAAAUCAGUUAUCUCCCCCAUCCCCCGCCAAACCCUCUCCCCCGGUGGAUGUCAGUGGACUGGAUCAGCUCUCCUUGCUUCUGCACCGGGUCAAACCUGCUCCUGUUUGGCCCCAGUUGGAAUCGAAAGGGACUUGUGUAACGUUGUGGAGCCCGAGGCUGCCCGGGUUAUCGGCUCUCUCUUGUCCCUGAGAGGCUGGGACUGCCCAGGACACCCUUCCCCCCUCUCUGCCCGGGGAUGUACCAGGGUUUGGCGAACCCCCCGCCGUAUACGGCGCACCCGGACCCGGUCGGGACGUUCCUGCACUCGGCCAGUUCAGCCGUGUACGUUCCGAGCUCCCGGCUGAGCCCAGCUUUCCCAUACCCCCAGCAGGCGAGUCCGCUGUCCCCACACCCAGCCUGGGCUCAGGCAGCAGCAGCAGCGGGCACCGGGGGGCAGGAGACUCCGUGUAGCCGCCACUCUACCUCCUCCUCCGCCUCCUCCUCUUCCUCCUCCUCAUCCUCCUCCUCAACGUCCUCCUUCCCCUCCAGCCCUCCGGGAGCCUCUCCCCGGGAGACCGCCUUCAGCAGCCCGCUCGCCAUCUCCUCCGCCGCUGCUGCCGCCGCUGCUGCCGCCGCUGCCGUACGGGAUCAGGUCAGCAUCAGCUGGACCCUCAGCGGCUCCUUCCCCAACCAUUACCCGCAGUACAUGAGCUCGGAGGCGGCCAGUGCGUGGAGUCCGGCUCCGCUGGAGAAUCCUGCCUUCAGCUUGAUACCAGCUCGCAGGCAUGGCGAAGAACUGGUUGAUGAUGUCCUUGAGGGCCGAGAGUGCGUGAAUUGCGGUGCGAUGUCCACGCCUCUCUGGCGGAGAGAUGGAACUGGUCACUAUCUGUGCAAUGCAUGUGGACUCUAUAACAGAAUUAAUGGAAUUAAUCGACCCCUUAUCAAACCUCUCAAACGGCUGUCUGCAUCUCGGAGAGAAGGACUCUCCUGCUCUAACUGUCACACCACUACUACCACCCUGUGGCGACGUAACGCUGAGGGGGAACCUGUCUGCAAUGCCUGUGGACUGUACAUGAAGCUCCAUGGGAUACCGCGACCCUUAGCAAUGAAGAAAGAGGGAAUUCAGACCAGGAAACGCAAACCAAAGAAUGUGAACAAAGACACCCCUUCUACAGUACCCUACUCAAGUGUGCCAUCUACCCCUAGUAGCACUGCUGCUGGAGCUUUAGAACUUAUCACACCAAAGACUGAACCAGGCCUUUACUCAUCUGCGUGCAGAGUUCAGAAGGUCAGCUCACAGGAUACUCCUGUGACAGGUGACAGUAACCUUCGCUUCAGCAUUCCAGCUCUAAAACUGACAAACCCGGGUGAAACAGCCACAAGUAGAGAUUCCAAGGGAGGCAAACCUUAUCCCUGGGGCAGCAUGGAACUAGCCUGACACCAAAGUGACCUUCAGUACAAUUCUUCAGAAGCUGCACUGAUGGAGUAUGCAACUGAGAUUCGUUUUAUCAGAAUGAAAACUGGAAAUGAUAAAAAGAAGACAAGAGAAUGCAAGGAAAAAAAAAUCAAAUGGAGUGCUGGAUCAUAUUGUGCUAUAAUUUUUAAAAAUUGAGUGUUGCAAAAAUGAUGUCUUAAUGCCAAGGCUGAGCACCACUUAAAUUCACUCUAGGUGACCUUGGUGCAAUUCUGAUCCAACAUUGUUCGUAAUUAAGUGCCUUUUUUUUGGACCACCACUUGCUUUCUGCCUCUGGCUUUCCACUUGAAUGUGGAUAUUUCAGUGUGUACUCCCUGGACAGUUGCAGCUAUGGAACAGUUUGAACAGAUCUUGCCUUGGGUAAAAAUACAUCAGCGUUCAUAGAGAAAUUAUUUUUUUCGUAGUGUAAGUAGUUCUAGUUCUAUAUUGAUGGCUCAGACUAAUAAUAAAAGCAACUUAUUAAAUUCA